UGGGACGUAAAUAGCAAAGAUUAUUGUUAAAUUCGCGCUAAAACUAUGUUUAAAAAUACAGUGUAUUUAAUAAUCCUCGUUUACACAUAUUACAAACACUCUUACAUUACUUAGAACCGUUGUGUUAUAAUAAGAAAUUUAUUUAAACUUAACUUUUUACUGAAAAGAGAUAAUGAGUGACCCUGUCGAAAACCUAGAGUUUAUUUUCAAGAAACAUGAUGCAAAUAAGCCUAAAAGUCUUUACAGUGAUAAUAAACAACAAAACCAAAACAAUUUAAAACCCCAAGAUGUGAUAUCCAGUGUUUUUAAGCAGCUAAAAGCAAUUCAAUGUGCAGAUUCUGUGACAAACAAAAGUAGUGUAAAUAAAGACUUUUUAAAGUUCAAGAAAUCUAAUUUCUUGAGUGUAAAUAACUUGCCGGUGUAUGAAGAGGUACCAAAACCAGCAAAGUUUGACACACAAUGUGUGUCAGACACUCAAUUAAUAAACCUUAUUGAGGAUGCAGAAAUAGUUGACACCCAUAGAGGCAUGACACAGGAGUUUGAAACUACCUUCUGUCAUAAUACUGAGAGAGAGAACUUUAUUGACUAUAAGACAGAAGCUGUUGAUGGUAAAGGAAGUAAGGAAAGAGAUAAAGAAGAAGAAAAGAUGGUAAUGGUAGAAGAAAAUAGAGAUGUGAUAAAUGAUAAUAUAGCAGAAGAUAGAACAAUUGAUGAUAGAGAAAAUAAUGAAGAUAUAGAUAUGGAACUUAUAUCUCCAAUAAUGUGCAGUAAUAAUAUCCUAGACACAGAUUCAAAAACAGACACACAAGAAAAUAAUAUACAAUAUACACAAGUUGAAGAUAUCAGUCCAAUACUUGAUGAUGUCAUAGAAACUGAUAUUGAUAAGUCUAUAGAAAGACCUUUAAGUCCAAUAAUUUUUCACAAAAAUAUAAAAAUUAAGUCGAAAACACCAUCACCUUUAGUUUUUGCUCUAGACAAAUUUGAACAGUUUGAAAAGAUUGCUGUUCCGAUACUUGAAAGUGAUAAUGAUUUAGCUAAUGUAAAACACGUGAUCAAUUCUCAGAUUUUAAAUAAAGAACUUAAUAUACCAAUUGGUGAAGAUAUACAAAUGAAUGAAGAAGAUUUCGGUACUGUAUUAGAGAGUAAAGAUUUUAAAGAAAUUAAUAUUCUGAAAGAUAAAACUGUUGAACUUAAAAUUCACCCUAUUAAAUCUCUAGAUUCAGAUACUGAUUUAGAAUUUAUAGAACUAGACAAAGCGACAUCAGAUGACCUUAUAAAGAAGGUAAUGAAUGAAGAUUUUGAAAAACUAAGCACUAAAGCUGAAAGCGAAAUUUUGAAAGAUGAAAUUUUAUUUAGCAGUGAUGAAGAAGAUAACUAUGUUCACAAAAGUUACCAAGAUCUUCCAUUUACUUGUGCCUUAGAAACGUCUUUCUAUAACCAAUCUGAUGUUCUAGAUAAAACUAUGUAUGUAGGUUUUCAGACAGCUAGUAAUAAAUCUAUUCAGGUUUUCACUGAAUCUUUUAGUCAUGCUAAAAGCAUUUUGAGUGGUGAAAUUACAAUCACUGAUAUGGUUAAUAAUUGUGAUAGAGAGAAAAAUAAAGACCUUGGUGAUUUAGAUGGACAAGCCAAAAUGGACCUUGAUGAUGUAGAAAAAGACUUCAAUAUAGGACGGAUGGAAUUACCAGAAUUCAAACCAAGUAGCAACAGCAAAGGAAUUGAAGAUAAACUACCAAUUAAUAACAAUUUGGGAGGCUUCAAGACAGCUAGUAAAAAGGAAAUAAAAUUAUCUCAGAAAGCACUGGCUAGGUAUAAAAAAGUCUUCCAAGAUAUUGACUUGAAUGAGGAUUUUGAAAGUAAAAUUGACGAAGAAUAUUUAGAAGAAGAAGUUACAAGAGAAACAGAAAAUAAAAAUGGAGUAACUAAUUCUCCAAGUAAAGAAAUAAGUAAAAACACAGCUGAGGAAGAUAUACAAAACAUUGAUGAUGUAAUUAUUCAAGAAUUUGAAAAUAUAGAAAUGUCUUUAAAAGAGGAUAAAGAACCUGACAAAAAGAUUGCGAGUAGUGGAUUUAAAACAGCAAGUAAUAAAGAUAUUAAAAUCUCUGACACUGCUUUAUCGAAGAUAAAAUAUAUUUUUAAAGACAUUGAUUUUGAAGAGGAUUUGAGUGAACAUGCUAAUAAAGACAUUAGUGCAGAAAAUAAUAAUCAGAAAACUGAAGAAAAACAAGAUCUAACUAAUACUAAUUUAGUAGGAUUCAAAACAGCUAGUAACAAGAAAAUAAACAUUUCCAAAGAAGCAAUCACUAAAACAAAAUCUAUAUUUGACAAUAUUGAUACAGUAAAUCUUCCAAAUAAAUCAAAUCCAAAAUUGGAGAAAGCAAUACAGGAUACCAAGGAUUAUGAAAAACCUUCUACAAGUAAAGCAGUGUUUGUUGGUUUUAAAACUGCUAAUAACAAGAAUAUAAAUAUUUCAGAACAAGCUUUGGCUAAAACUAAGAAUAUUUUCAAAGAUUUAGAUACUGUAGAACUUCCAAAGAAAAAUAAAAAGGACAUACAAAAUAAUACAAGCGAAAAUAAUACUAUAAAUGAACAUUCUAACAAUAAAACCGGAGUUGGUGAUAUAAAAGGAACAAAUAAUGAUAAUCCCAUAGAUGUUAUAGAUGACAAUGAUAAUAUAUUUGAAGGAAUUCAUUCACAAGAGUUUCAAGUACCUAUGGAAAUGGAUACACACAGUCCUAAGAAAGACAAAAAUGAUAAAAAUGAAUGUGAUACUGAAUUGAACGAGCCAUCUACAAGUAAACGUAGUUUUGUGGGAUUUAAAACAGCAAAUAAUAAGAAUAUUAAAAUAUCUGCAGCAGCUUUAUCUAAAACCAAGAAUAUAUUUAAAGAUAUCGACUCUGAAGAUUUUAAAUUCCCUGAUAAAGGUAAAAAUAAAGAUGAUAAAGAAGAAAUAACACCUACAAAAGAACUUAAUUUUGGAGGUUUUAAAACAGCUAAUAAUAAAGCAAUUAAAAUAUCUGACUCUGCUUUAGCUAAAACAAAUAAUAUAUUUCAAGGUAUUGAUUCUGAUGACUUUAAAUUCCCUUCCAAGGUAAAUAGCAAUAUUUCUGAAAAAACUAUUGAAGAUGACAGAACAAAUAUAGAUGAAAAUACAGAUUUUAGCAAGCCUUCAACUAGCACAGAAUCUUUUGUUGGCUUUAAGACUGCAAAUAACAGAAAAAUUGCAAUUUCCAAAGAAGCUUUAGCUAAAACUAAAAAUAUAUUUAAUGACAUAGACACAGUUAAGUUUCCUGAAAAACUAGAUAAAGAGUCAAGUAUAGUUAAACCAAUAGAAGAUAAUAAUAUAGUUAAUGAAAUAAUUAAAACAAUAGAAGAUGAAGACUUUAAUAAACCUAGUACAAGUAAAGCCUCUUUCAUUGGCUUUAUGACAGCAAAUAAUAAAAAGAUAGCAAUUUCUGAAGAAUCUUUGGCUAAGACUAGAAAUAUAUUCAAGGAUAUUGAUGCAACAGAUAUUAAAAUCCCUGAAGAAUACAAGAAAAAUGAAGUUAUAGAGAAAGAAGAUGUAAAUAUUGAGUUAAAUGAGCCUUCCACCAGUAAAACAGGGUUUGUAGGAUUCAAAACGGCUAAUAAUAGAAAUAUAAAUGUGUCCAAACAAGCAUUAGAGAAAACUAAAAAUAUUUUCAAAGAUAUUGACGCUAAUGAUUUUGAAUUUUCUAAAGAUACAGACGGAGAAAUUAUAAAUGAAGGUAAAAGUGCAUAUCCGGAACCAAAAGAUACUCCUUCGAUAACUAGCAAAGGUUUUGUAGGUUUUAAAACUGCAAACAACAAAGUUAUUAACAUUUCUGAAACAGCUUUACUUAAAACAAAGAAUAUUUUCAAAGAUUUAGGUUCAGCUGAAAUUCAAAACACAAAAAAGGUGAAAAAAGAUUACCCAGACAUUGAAAUAAAUGAUGAUAAUAUAAAACCUUGUGAAGAUAAAGGUGAUGACAAUACUAAUUUUGAUAUUCCCGAGCAUAACAUACCUAAAUUUCAAGGAUUUCAAACAGCUAGUAACAAACAAUUCAAAAUAUCAAAUGAAGCUUUGACUAAAAGUAGAAAGAUCUUUCAAGAUAUUGACAGUGUAGAAAAUAACACAAUUUUUGACUUAAACAAAGAAACUUUUGAUGCUAACAAAGAAAAAAAUAACAAACAUGAAGAUAAUAUAGACACGAAUACAAAAUCAAGUCCAAUAUUUAAAGGAUUUCAAACAGCCAAUAAGAAGCCUGUAAAAGUAUCUAAAGAAGCAUUAGCUAAAAGCAGAAAGCUUUUUGAAGGCCUAAACACUGAUGAUGAUAUAGAACCUCCUUUCCACGGAUUUCCAACGACUAACAAUAAAAAAGUUGAAUCUUUAAAAGAUCUGAUUGAAGCUAAAACCUCUUUGGAAGGUAAUAAAAAAACAAAUAACAAUUUCAAAGGCUUCCAAACUGCCAGUGAUAAAAAAGUUUGUAUAUCUGCAGAGGCUUUGGUUAAAUCUAGAAAACUAUUUGAAGAUUUUGAUAAUAAUGACCUUAAAAAUAAAGUAAAUACUCCAAAUAUAAAAUUUGGUUUCAAAACUGGUACAAAUAAAGAUAUCAAAGUUUCUGAUGAAGCUUUAAUAAGAACUAAGAGAUUAUUCUCUGAUAUAGAUGAUGUUAAAGAUAGUCUCAAAGAUAUAGAUAAAAAUGAAGUCAAUGUAUCAGAUAUAAUAGACACACAAGUACUAAACAACUUUAAUGAAAGUCUACAUACAGAAGAUUUUUUUGAAAGCGAAGUGAAAUCCAAAAGAUCUGGCAGUCCAAUACUGUCUUGUCCAAGAGCGAAAAAGAGGAAGAAAUUUGAAAUUCCUUAUUCACAGAAAAUUAAAGAACCGGAGAUAAUAAAAAUACCAUCGGAAACUAAAGAUAUAAAUAAGAUUGUAACGAAAGAUUAUAAGAAAAAUAAGACUCUAAAAUUGAAAGAUUUAGCAAAACUUUCAGACGAAAAAGAAGUAAAAAUUGAUCCUUACAUAAUAAAUUUCACAUUCGAAAAUGUACUACAAUUUAAAUUCGAUAAAAAUCGAAAUGAUAUUUCUAACGAAGUUAUGACUAUAGAAAAACUAAAAGAAAUGUUUCAAAAUUCGGUAAAUGAUAAAUUAAUACCAAAAGGUUGGUUAGAUAAUCAUUUAAAACUUAUAUUAUGGAAGUUAAUAUCGUAUGAAGUAAAAUUUAAAUUGCAAAGAGUUUGUAAUGCAAGAAAUGUUAUAGAUCAACUAAAGUAUAGAUAUGAUAAAGAACUAUAUAAUGCACAGAGGUCAGCUUUGAGAAAGAUUUUUGAAAAAGACGAUGUUCCGUCUAAAACUUUGGUGUUGUGUGUUGCUGGGAUUUUUGAAAAUGGCGUUAAUGUUGCCAGUCCCACCACAGACAACCUAGAACUCCUACUAUCAGAUGGUUGGUACUGCAUAAUGACGACUAUAGACAAAAUGUUGGCCCAACUAGUGUGCCAAGGUAAAAUAGUAGUUGGUACCAAACUUGUCACCAAUGGAGCUGAGUUGGUGAAUUGUGAGCAGGGGAUUUCUCCUUGGGAAGAUACUUCAGCAGUCCGUCUAAAAAUAUUCGGCAACUCGACCCGCCGCGCUCACUGGGACGCGCGACUCGGUUACCAUGGCAACGGCGCCAUGUUGUCGCAGCUGUCAUCUGUCAGGGUCGAUGGCGGGAAAGUGGCGAGAUUGAGAGUUCUUGUUACAAGAGUAUAUCCUGCUUUGUAUGUUGAGAAGUUUGAAGAUGGGAGUACGGUGACAAGAUCAGAAAGAUUGGAACAUCUCCACCAGAUGAAAAGUGAGACUGAGAGGCAGGCCGUUAUGGAGAAGAUUUACGAAGAAGUGGAGAAAGAAUUUGCUGACGAGGAUUCUCAAGAUUCGGAAGGUUUUUCAGAGAUGAGUAAUAAGAGGCCGUGUUUAGACAGCGGCUCACAAAUAGCUAAAUUUAUGAAGACUAGUAAAGAUCCUGGUGAAUUUAGAGCCGGCCUAACAGCAAGUCAAUCCCGUCUCCUAGAAGCCCACAACAGCAAGAAGCGAGAGGAUCUCUUACACAACAUACAGCAGAAGAUAAGAGACAGGAUAGAGAAGACCGGAGUUGGUGGGAGUCGGAAUGUUGUUACGUUGCUCAAGAUUAGAGUGGCGGGAGUGAGGGAGAAGAGUGGCGUGGAUGUUGUUAAAGGCAUGAUGUCAAUAUGGAAGCCGGCGGACGCGGUUCUGGAUAUAAUCAAAGAGGGCGCCUGGAUCGAUGUGUUGAAUGUAGUUCCUACGGCUGUCAGGUAUUCCGAAAUCCAAAUCUCAGCGGGCAGACAAUCAGUUUUCAGCAAAUCUAAGUACAAAGAACCAGAAACUUUCAAGCCUUACACGAACCUACUAAAACGCAACUGUUUCACCAUAAAAGAUUUAGCCAAAAACACCACAAUGACAACCGAUUACAACGAAAUCGAUACAGUAGGUUUCAUAUUUUUAAUCGAUCCUUCGAUUCGAGAUUUCGAUUCUAACAAACAACCUUUUCAAAAUAUAUUUCUAGCCGAUGCAGAUAAAAAUAUUAUAUGUAUCAAUUUUUGGGGAGGACUCAAAAAGUUUGGUUACCAAAACGUCUUAGAUACUGGCCAAAUGAUUUCUUGUUUUAAUUUGCAAAAACGAGCUGGUAACACUAGGAAAAGUAUACCACAGUAUAGAGUAACGGAAUUUACGUAUUUUACUAAAACGCCAAAGAAUGAAAAUGCUAGGAAUUUGCUAGAUAAUUUGAGCAAAAAGUUUUUAUCUCUGGACAGAAGGAAAUUCAUUGAAGACUGUGUUAUUUUGAAAAAUAAUUUUGCAGUUUUGAAAGCGAAUAACGAAAAUAUAUCUCCGUAUCGAAUUAAUAAUACUGACUUUAAUAUUUCUAAGAAUAAAAUGUUCAUAGAUUCUCCGUUAGCUAAACCCAGUAAUAAAGACUCGAAUUUCAACCUUACUGGCUUAGAUUUUGAGUCGACUUUCAAACAAACUGAUUCACAAAAUUUAUCCGAAGUAGUGUUACUAAGAAAGAGAAAAGUCAACGAAAAAAUUGCUAGACUAAAAAUGUAUGGAGAACCUCCGCCGUUAUCAACUAUACAUAUUAUAAAUAAAUCUAAAAACGCUUCAAAUUCAUAUAAAAGUCCCCUAAAUAGCAAUAAAAAUAUUUCCAAAAUUACAACUGAAAAUCCAAAAAAUAAAACGCAACUGUCAAAUUCGAAACCUGACAGUUCUAUCAAUGUUGCCAGCGUAAUAAAAACUCCCGAAAAAGGGGUGAAUUUAAACGAAUCCGCAUCAAGGAGUCCGUUGUUAAAUAGGACUUAUGUAAAAAGUGUUAAUCCUGUUAAAAUUAAUUUUGAUGUAAGAGAUAACAAUGACAGUACUGUUGAUCAUUUUGCUGAAGAAUUUGAUGGCAGUCCGCCGUUGAGCUUGGAUUAAAAUUUAU